AUGGGAAGCAGUAUUGCUCUGUUCAAGAGCUCAAAUCAACAAUCGAGGAAGCCUGGUACAGACUCUUUAAUAAUUUCGUAUUAUCAAUGGAAAAUCGUGUAUUCGAGAUCAUCAGAUGCAAUGCCGUGCGGAUUUAUGGAGGAAUCCGUCCAUUACUCGGCCAUGGAGGACAUGUGGAGUUGGGAGGCGGCACAAAAAUAUUGCAUCUGCAUCGUCCUACCAGAAGGCUCUCUACUGCUCCAGGUGAACAAUGCGUACGUCCGUGAUCAGUGGAGGCAUUCUCUGUCUUGGAAAAAAAACAUGCUGAAGUACCGGAAGCUUUUAACGAACACUAGACGGCCAGACGUCUUCAUUAAAGAGCUUAAGGGCCUAGUAGAGAUGACCCUCACUACAUCCCUACAAGAUGACUGCAUUUAUAAUUCUCCUUUAGAAAUCAUCUCCGAAAUAUUACAAGAAAAUUUGCUAUGGCUUCCUAAAUCUUUAAACGAGGAGAUCAUCUGUGUGAUAAGCCCGCUUUUGGAACUGACGACACCCACCCCCGACAUCUGCGAAUUUCUCACCAAGCAUUGCCGUGAUAACCCAAGAUCUCGCAUAGUUUUAGAUAUGUUCACUCCUAUUGUACAAAGGAUUCUCAAACACAACAUGGACUUCGGCAAGUACCCUAAGACACGGCUGUUUGUCCAAGAGUAUGUUCAAGCACUUAGCUACCAGAAUGAUGGAAAGACAGUGCUUGAAAACUUUGUUGGCAACAUCCACGGUGUGUCUAGUACUUGUCCACAUCCUAGGGUGCUACCAAAUCUGGUGUCUAUCUGCUUGGCUGCUGUCUAUUCUUUAUACGAAGAAAAGAGAAACCAAACCGACCAAGAUAGAAAUGAUUCCACUGUAAUAAACUGUGAUUGGGAGACGAGACUACAAUGCUUUAUCACCGUUCUAGAUAUUAUAGCAACUCACGAGGACUGGAGACCUGGAUUGGCGCAGUUGCUACAACCCAUUCCCUUUCCCGAUAGUGCAUUAGCUGAUUGCAUUUUUACAAGGAGCUUAAAGCCUGUUCUGGAGAAGAUCUGCUGCGACGAUCGCUGCGAAGUCCAUCUCAUGGUGCUGGGCAUCCGAGACGAAAAGGAAGGUUGGCUGCAUCUUUAUUGUCCGGGUGGCAUCGCCUGCGAAGAUGAUGGGGAUCUAUGGAGUACCAUGUUGAAACACCUGUUGGACUGCUGCUGUCGUCGAAAGAAGUUCCUGGAGGGUCUGGCAAAGAGCUUGGGCCCCUGUAUGCUGAGGGCACUUCGUGACGACGCCACCCUGCAGUCCACCCUCUGUUCCAUGCUGGAAUUGGAGGUGGUGGACAACAAGGAUCUCCAGAUGCAGAUCAUCACAACCUUGCAGAGUACCUCCACAGGGAAGCAACACUAUGCCUCGCUGUGUCAGAGGCAGAUGCAUCUCAGGGAACUGCAACAAAAAGGAGGACCCAGGAAGCUUACUCUACCCUCCAGAUCCACGGAUGCCGACGUGGCAAAGCUGCUGAGCUGCGGUUCCUUCGGCAAUCUCGAGUGCUUGUCUUUGGCCUUCACUCAAGUGACGAGCGCCUGUGCCGAACAACUCGUUAAGCUGCCUGCUUUGCGUUACCUCAACCUCUGGUCCACGCAGUUUGGUGACACGGGGCUGCGUCUCAUUUCCGAGCACUUACCUAAAUUGCAAGUACUAAAUCUUUGUGAGACUCCAGUCACAGAUAAGGGGCUGCUGUGCCUAUGUAGUAUGAAAAGCCUUAGAAAGCUUAAUUUAAACAGCACCAGCUUAUCAGCCCAAACAUUUGAAAGAUUAAAGCAAAAGCUACCAGCCUUACAAGAAUGUGAUAUUCGAUAUACUGACGCCUGGUGAUCUGUGUUCACAUCAUAUUCACUGUCAAGAAUUUUGGCAAUUGUAGACAGUUUUAUUUCUCCUAAAUCUUCACAUCAAACUUCGCCAUCAUUUUUAUAAAUCGCCAAGAAAUACAGCCUCAGAUACCAAGGGUUGACCUGAUGGGGGGAAUAUG